AAUGUGUUCUUCCGAUAAUAUUACAGUCAAGUUGAAGACGUCCAGAAGUUUCAACAACUUUCUGGAUGUACCUAAUGAAACUCCGAGGAGUCUCAGGAAAUCUAUCAGUGCCUCGUUCCUUCAUGUCCCCAAGAACUUCAGCUUCGCCUCUUUAGAACUGGAUGUAACAAGCGAACGAUGGUGGGUCCUGACCUGUUUCGUGGCCCUGUCGGCGGUCUCCAGUGCCCACUACAUCCAGUACAGUGCCAUCUCCAACAUCAUAACGAGAUAUUAUGGUGUCUCCGAACUGCACGUCGAUUGGACAGCCAUGGUCUUCGCCUUGGCGUACAUCAUACUGGCUUUUCCAGUUUCUAAGUUUAUAGACGCAAAGAAUUUGCGAGCAUCUGCAGUAACUGCAGCUAUCUGCUCCUCUCUGGGAGCCUGGAUAAAAACUUUGGCAGCCACUGAUCAUUCCUUGUUUCACGUGGCUUUAGUAGGCCAGAGCAUCCUUGCUCUGAGCCAAGUCUUCAUACAUUCUAUGCCAAGUAAAUUGGCAGCUGUCUGGUUUCCACCACAAGAGGAAUCCACCGCAUGUUGCAUCGGAGUAUUCGGUCACCAACUAGGCAUAGCCAUAGGAUUUUUGUUGACGCCUAUAAUAGUCAACUUGGACGACCAGCAAAAACUUGAUAUCAAAAACAACAUCACAAUAACAGACUCUGGACAAAACUUUACACAAUUGGGUAUCUCAGAUCCUAAUUCCAUAACAAUUUUGGAACGACUUCUGAUCAAAGAACGUUUGACAUACUUUUCCAUCUGCUUAGCAGUAAUGACUACUGUUGUGACAAUAUUCGUGGUCACAAAAUAUAAAUCCCAGCCAGUUAAACCUCCGUCUCAUGCUCAAGCAGUUCAACGUUCCAUUGAUGAGAAUGUCCAAAGAAUGAAAAAGACUUUUAAGGAAAGAUUUUUGAAGACAAAAAGUAGAAGAAAUGCUGUUGGGCAGUUUGAAGUUAAGGAACUGAGGAGGAAGAGCAUGUAUUAUAAUCGUAGGAAGUCUACGAUAUGCUCGAUGAGUGUUACUGUCAACAAAAGAUACAACAAACAGUUGUCCUGCUUGAGAAGACUUCUGUUCAAAAAUUAUGGAUUCGUGAUCGUCCUGAUGUCAACUGGUAUCAAUUCAGGAGUCACAUCAGCAAUCACAACACUUUUGAAUCAACUUGUGCUCAAUUACUAUCCGGACAGUGCAGUUGACGCAGGUCUUCUAGGAACCCUAAUGGUGCUAUCAGGUGCUGCCCUGGGUCCACUUUAUGGGCGUGCUUUGGACAAGACCCAGUGUUACUGUUUUGCAGCAAUUGUGGUCAGUGCUUUAUCAGUUGGGGCCACUUUGGCACUGACUGCUGCCCUGGUCAGUGGUAGUUUGAGACUGGUUUAUACGGCUGGAGGAUUUUUAGGGAUGUUCUUAUGUGCUUUUCCAGUACUUGGUGGUGAACUAGCAUCUGAAUUGACAUUUCCGGAACCAGAAGGUGUUGUAUCAGGUGUAUUAAAUACAGUCAGUCAGAUCUUCGGUAUCAUAGUGACCCUAUGCAUGGUAGAGAUCCAGAACUCCUUCGGCGACCUGAUAGCAAACCUCUCCUGCUGCUUCCUGCUGCUGAUAGCAACUUCCAUAUUAUUCCUAUGUCCAAGGGAUCUGAGGAGACAACAGACGAGAGCAGAUUUAACAUAUGCUGCAGCAGUGGAGUGCGAGAGCAGGAGGGAAUUGGAGAGCAUCGAGAAGAGGAAGAAGUUGAGGAUCGGUGGUAACGUUGGAGGAGAUUUUGAUGAAGAUGAAGGGAUUUGCGUCUGAGAUAAGAAUUUAUAUGGAAGGUGGUGUACCUUGGUUGGUGUCAUAGAUUAAGAC